AAUACACCUGUACGCAAACCACUAAAUAAUGCAAUGAGCUUCUCAAGUCUGGAGCAAUGGUGGGAAGAGUGGCAGCUGCGCAUCCUUGUCUUGGCCAGCCUCGGCACUCAGUUGUACCUUGCAUAUUUUGCCCCAACUCGAAAAUUGUCCCAUCUCCCGAGCUUUUAUAGAUUCCUUGUCUGCCUGGCAUACCUCGGAGGUGAUGCUCUGGCAAUAUACGCCCUCGCCGCGCUCUUCAACCGCCAGAAAAAGCGAGAGUGCUAUUCCUACUUUUCUGUGGGCGGAAGCAAGGAUCUAGAGGUGCUAUGGGCCCCUAUCUUGCUCAUGCACCUCGGUGGACAGAUCGGCAUAUCUGCUUACGACAUCGAAGACAACGAGCAGUGGAAGCGACACCUUGCCACUGCAGUUUCUCAGGUCACCGUAACUAUCUACGUCUUUUGCCACUCAUGGUCUCCCUUGGCUGAUAAGAGGUUGUUAGUUGCUGCAAUACUGCUUUUUAUCGUUGGGGUUUUCAGAUGCUUAGAGAAGCCCUUGGCUCUCAGAAGAUCUAGCUUCAAUACAAUAGUCACCUCUUUCCAUCCAGCCCCGAGGACAGUGAGUACCAACAGAGAAGUAGAGCUUGAACAGUACAUACAAGAAGCAAAGGGUUACGUGGACUGCAACCAAGAUCAUCCAACAUUGGAUAAGGAUGGAGAAAGGACUCACUCAAAUCAGCUCAAUAUACCUGACAAGCUAUUCGUAGACUUUGCAUAUAUCUACACUGAGCGUCUUGCUAAGUUGAAAGCCUUCUGGCUCCUGGAUGAUGAAAACUUUUUUAAAGCGCUACGCAUCGGGAUCUCCAGAACUUUCAAUCUUAUUUUUACGAAGCUCUGGCAAUUUGGUGACGAGAAUAGAGAUCCACCUUACUUUGAUAACCGUCUUUCGUACUUUUUGUGGCUCACUACUCUAACAUUGCCCAUCAUUUCCAUCACCCUCUUCCACAUUAGCCAUAAACAAGCUUAUAGGGGAACUGACAUCAAGAUUACAUUUUUACUAUUGUACAUCACAUAUUGUUUGGAGAUCAUAUCCAUGGGCACAUUAUGUUUUUAUAACUGGCGGGUGUUGCCUGGCAAGGUUGGCCAGAGUAGCAUUAUAGUUCCUGAGGGUAAAAGAAGGCACAUCACCAACUGCUUAUCAUCCAAAGGUUUGCUUGGUCAAUUUGGCGUUGAGAAUACGUACUCAUCUAAGGAGAUUACAUUCUUAGUCUGCAAUUAUGUUAAAGAUGGAUGGAGGAAUUAUAUAAGGGAUGUUGACAGCUAUUGGAAGUUCACAGAUACCAGGGGCCACAAGACACUCGACUCACUCGAGCGCAAUGGCUGCGUCGUCGGAGGAAACCUUCGGGAGAGUAUAGAGAAGCCCUUAGACGAGAGCAUCAUUCUUUGGCACAUUGCCACAGAUUUUUGCUUCUAUCAUAAGGGCACACCACCUGAUUCUGAAUGUGCAAGGCUCUGUAGACAAAUUUCCAACUACAUGAUGCAUCUUUUACAUGAUAAUCCUGAGAUGUUGAUGCCUGGGAGCAGAAGAGAUUUGUUCACAGAUGCCUCCGAAGAACUCAAGGCUAUCCUCCAAGCUGAUAACGUAUUGCUGCUGGUGGAAAACAGACUUACACAGGUGUUCAUUGAUAAAGUGCAGUCUAAAAGUGGUCUUUUUAACGAAGCCUGGGUGAUUGCUCAAGACCUGAUGAAAAUUUCUGAUGAUGGCAAGAAGAUGUGGGAGGCAAUCAGAGGUGUAUGGAUCGAGAUGCUCUGCUUUUCUGCUGGUAGAUGCAGGGGUUACCUACAUGCCAAGAACCUUGGCCACGGGGGCGAGUACCUCACCUUUGUCUCGCUCGUGAUGUCACACGGGGGAUUGGAGACUUUCGCCGAGAGGCAGCAGAGGGUGCAUCUUCAACUAUUACCGGAGGAGAGGAAGAAGAGGGCGGUGCAGCAUCAGCUACCAACCGAGGAGAGGGUGAUAUUGAAAGAAGCUGCAACAAAUCAAGAAGCUGGUGCGUCGUCUGAGGUCGAGAUUGUUCUCAAAAGCUAGAAAAAACAUGCAGUUCCAUCAUUCCUUGUUAUCUUAUCUCCAUUUUAUCUAGCCUCUUUGUGUCAUGUUUGUUUGCUGCUACCCUGCUAUGCAUGCUCUAGACCUAUGAAUUCCCUUCCCCCCCGCCCCCGCGCGCGUGUGUGUGGUGGGGGGGGACUCCAUUCUGUGAUUUGGUUGUUUGUAAAUUUAAUACCUCAUUUUUAAUAUAUGAAAAUUUUAAUUACCAUUCGUUUA